GAUGGAUUUUAGGAGUGUAGUUGAUAGGAAUAUAGAAGAACUUGAAUUCUGGCCAGGUUUAGAAAGUGAUGGGCGAAUGUUUAAAAAUUAUCAACUAUUUGCAGCAGUUUUAAAUAAGCAUAGAAGCGAACUGAAGCCUGGAAAGAAUUUUGUCGAUGAAACUCAGUUUUACAUGAAUAUUUUAGAUACACUAUUUGCAUGGAUUCAUCGAGAGAUGAGUUUAUUCGACGAAGAUGACUGGCGGCAUCUGCAGGCCUACGGUUAUCUGAUUGCUGCCAUCAAUUUUAUCGGAGCUGAACAGGCAAGGCUGAAUUAA